CACCACCUAACAUAGUCGCCCCAUUAAGGGACGCGUUCCCCUGUCGCGCGAGCACACUUUAUAAUAAACUCUCCUCGUCAUUUUCAUCCCACCCAGUCUCACCUUACCUAUUCGGUUUGCUACCUUUUCUAGGGAGAGAUACGAGGUCCGAGGCUAAAUCCAUGGCUUUCCUGUCGUUCAUCGGAAGGCUUCUCUUCGUCUCCGCCUUCAUUCUUUCCGCUUACCAAGAGUUUAAUGAAUUCGGAACUGAUGGUGGCCCUGCAGGGAAAACAUUGAACUCCAAAAUCAAUGUGUUCACUAAGAAUGUAGCAACACACACUGGUUUUCAAGUUCCUCGUGUGAGAUCAAGCAUAUUGUUUUGGGCCUUAUCGUUGUGAAGGGGCUUGGAAGCCUUCUCUUUGUCUUUGGAAGCUCUCUUGGAGCUUACAUUCUGCUUUUGCAUCAAGCUGUUGUUACUCCAAUUAUAUAUGACUUUUACAAUUAUGAAGCUGACAAGAAAGAAUUUGCUCAACUGUUCGUCAAGUUUUCACAGGGUUUACAAUUGUUUGGGGCACUGCUGUUUUUCAUUGGCAUGAAGAAUUCGAUUCCAAGGAGAACAUUAGUGAAGAAGAAGGCUCCCAAGUCGAAAGCCCUUUGAGGAUGGACCGGACAUGGGUUGAGUUUUUUUUUGUGUGUGCACUAAUUAACAUGUUUCCAUUUGUCACAUUGGACCGUCUUUUGUAAGCUUUGUAUUUUUUUGGUACUCCUAUGAAAUCUAAUCUUUGUUCUUUUGGGUUUUUUCGUUUUAUUUUUUGAAUCUUUUCUUCCUACUAUAUUUAUAUACUUGAGAAGAAAAGAGAAUUUCAAAUUGUUGCUCUGUUAUGGAUGGCAGGACGACUUAUUAGUUACUACUAAUUAGACCUGGACUCGGGCCGGUUCGGGCUCGGUUCGGGCCUAGCCCCGGCCGGGCCUCGGGCCAGGAUAGUUGGGCCCGGGCCCGAACCGCCGGUGGGCGGUUCCGGUUCCGGGCCAAACCGGGCCGGGCCUACCCGGAUUUUUUUUUGGCUCUUCUAUUUAACCCCCAACCCCUCCCCUCCACCCCAAACUACCCCAAACCACCUCAAAUGGCCCAAAAUACCUAAUCCAAUCCAAAACUUAAAAAAAAUUCAAAAAAAAAAAAAAAUUAAAAAUCGAACCGAACAGGGCCCGAACCGGCCGGGCCGGUUCGCCAAAACCUCGGCCCGAUCCCGAACCGCCCAGCAGCCGGGCCGGGCCGAACCAAACCGGUGGGCCCACCGGGCUCUGGGCCGGGCCUCACAGUAACCGGGCCGGGCCGGUUUCGGGCCGGGCCGCCCAGCCCGAGUCCAGGUCUACUACUAAUAGAGUAGUUGAAUUCAGCAGUUAUUUCACUUAUUUGCAACCUUAGAGCAUCUCCAAUGCUAAAACGUGAACAAUGCAUGCGUGGCAUGAGAGAUAGCCAAUUAAAAAUAACAAAUAUAAUAUCUCUCUCUUUAUUUGAAGUAGGCAUGGACCCGGUUCGGGCCGCCCGGCCCGGGACCGGCCUGGCCUGCCACUGUGCAAGCCCGGAACCGGCCCGGUUCUCGGGUCCGGGCUCGGGCCUAGGCCCG